AAUAGGAAAGUUUGCGUAUCGGAAGUUCAUAUUGUUAGAAAACAUAGCCAGAAAGUGUAAUAUGAAUGCAUUAUGAUAACGAGGUCAGGUCAGUCCCAGCUCGUGACGUCACUAAUUAGGGGGGCCAAAUAUAAAAUGUAUUGUCAAGACGUUUGAUGCCGUAAUCUCGGAUGUGUGCCCUAAUUUGGUGUAAUGGAUGACCAAAAAGUGCAGUUUAUCGGCAAUCCCUGUGGACACCAUGGAUCGUACACUUUCUACAAAGCAUUUAAAUUUAAUCAGGGUAACAACUGCCGAAUUUUGACGUUGGGAGAAUUUUUCUUCGUCAAGAUAUUUAGCGAAGCGCCUGUUUGCAUUAGCGAGCUGCAGCUAUUGUGGGAAGACAAAAAUAACUCUCAACUUUUAUCCAGCGUCCGGCUUUAUUAUUUACCAGAACAUACUCCAGAAGGAAAACAAGAAUUUCAUGGACAGGAUGAAGUCCUUGCUGUGUCAGAGAAAAUUAUUCUUAAGUUGGAGGACCUGGUCAGCCUUAUCAAAGAUGGUGUGUCAUGGGAGACUGGCAGUGUCCCCUUCCAGGAUACCACGACAGACUCAGAUAAUGAUAAACAGCCUGUUAACCUGGCCAAAUCCUUUGCCGCUAACAACUUUGGCCUAAAGUUCAAGGGCCACAAUGAAAAUGAUGUUGUUGAUGGUGGGCCUACUGACUCCACCCAAGUCACCAUUCUGAGCUACCCGCGCUACUGUCGGUAUAGAGCAGUGAUGAAACGACUGGAAAAGUGUGAGGACCAGUGGUUACGGAAUGCCCUUGUUUGUGCAAUUGGAGGAUUUACUGUAAAAAAUAGCAACUCUCGUGUGGUGUUCUGUCGAGAUACUUUUGAUGAUCCAGAGCUGGACAAUUUAGAGAUUCGAUGUGAUCAUUUGGCACCAAAUUUGAAAGGUCGUCCUAGGAAGAAACGUGUAUUAUCAAAGAAAGAAUCGUCACAAGAUUCUGACAGCUGUGAAUCUAACGGUGACCUGUUUGUCCCACCAAGUGGCUGCAGGAGUAAACCAUCACCUUUGAAUGUUAGAACACGGAAGGACAGCCAUAAGAAUGGUGCAUUACUCACUGAUAAGAAGGACAUAACAAAAGAGGAAGAAGCUUUCCUUCAGUCCCUGCACAAGUACAUGAGAAGUAGGAAAACCCCCAUAGAGAGGAUUCCAUCUUUGGGCUUUAAACAAAUUGACAUAUAUGUGUUUUACACGUAUGCUCAGAAAUUGGGAGGCUAUGAUCAGACAUUGGAGUCAAUGUUUGAUAUGAUAACCCAAAAGAGGCUGUGGAAACAUUUGUACGAUCAGCUAGGUGGUAACCCUGGGAGUACUAGUGCUGCCACCUGUACCAGGAGACAUUAUGAAAGGCUGUUGCUGCCUUAUGAGCGACACAAGAACGGUGAAGAGGAUGAGCUUCUUACAAAAUCCUCAUCUGUGAACUCAGCGUCUGGCAAAAAUGAAAACCAUGAAGGGGACACGAAAACUGUCAAGACUGAUCCAGACAGUCAGGAAAACCACAAGCACAAGAAGAUCAAACAAACUGGAACGAGCCGUGGAUCUCCUGUCAGCGAGCACCAGAGUCUUUCCCUGACCCCCUCAGGUUGGAGACAGUGUCAGACCAGUGCUGACAGAACAGUCUGUAAACAGGAAACCAGAAGGGCAGAACUCCAUGAAGAUUCACUCCAGAAAUGAACAAUCAUCAUAUAGUGAACAUGGAGGUGAUGUCUCCAGAGAUGACAGACCCAAAGCACAGGUCAUCAGAAAUAGGUCAAAAGUCAGUAUCCUUAGCCCUAUAACAUCCCAAAAGGGCCAUUCACCAUUCAUCAUCGCAGUACCAUGCUCCUAUUAUACACCACCCGUAUCAGAAAAGCCCUUCCUUACAGUCGCCCCCUCAUCUUCACCCUGUCCACUCAGCAAUCCUUGGCUUCCCCACCUCACAGUUUGGUAGGCCUUU